AUGUCUGACGCCGCCCAAAUUGCUGGAAAAAGAAAGCGCGCAAGAACCCAGUCUUGCCCUCCUCCCGAGCUCCCCCAGCUCGUCGCGGAGCAGCAUGUUCCCAUUCCGACGCACGACAAGGACACGCAACGCCUGAUUGUCAUCCUCUCCAAUGCCAGUCUAGAGACCUACCGGGCCGUCUCCGGUGGACGCGGAGGCCCCAAGGAUGAGAAAUUCUCCCUGCUGAAUAGCGACGAGCACAUUGGUAUCAUGCGCAAAAUGAACCGCGAUAUCAGCGAAGCUCGGCCCGACAUUACCCAUCAGUGUCUUCUUACCCUUCUGGACUCCCCCGUGAACAAGGCCGGCCGGCUUCAAAUCUACAUCCACACGGCCAAAGGCGUGCUGAUUGAAGUCAACCCCUCUGUUCGCAUCCCACGAACCUUUAAGCGGUUUGCUGGACUGAUGGUCCAGCUCCUCCACCGACUCUCGAUCCGUUCCACCAAUUCGCAGGAGAAGCUUCUCAAGGUCAUCAAGAACCCGAUCACCGACCACCUGCCGCCGAAUUGCCGCAAAGUGACUCUGAGUUUCGAGGCCCCCGUCGUCCGCACCAGGGACUAUAUCGAAUCGUUGGGUCCCAAGGAGAGCAUCGCCAUCUUUGUCGGUGCUAUGGCCAAGGGCCACGACGACUUUGCGGACUCGUUCAAGGACGAUGCCAUCAGUAUCAGCAACUACAGUCUUAGUGCCAGUGUGGCCUGUAGUAAGUUCACCCACGCUGCCGAGGAGGUCUGGGAUAUUCUGUGA